CUCUAGUGCAAAACACAUCCACUAAACUUCAGUGUGACCAAGAUCAUUGCUGUUGGCCGUGCUCUGUCACAUUGAAUUGUCGCCGGAACUGUAAAAUGUACAGUGUACAGGGGCGCUACGUAGCAGUUUGCGUUGUUGUUAUUUUGAUCGCCUCCUCUACCCGCCUUAACUGGCAGAAAGUCUUCGGUCGUCUCGCUCCUCGCUUCUUCAACAAGGGGGCUUGGGUGGAGCAAGGGGAGCUCCCAGACCCCGAAAAAGCACUGCCACCCUCCCCGAGUUUAGAGCACAGCUUCCGCAAGGCAGCCGUCUGCACUGAUGGCAACCCGUGCUCAAUCAUCGGCAGAGACAUCUUGAAAAAGGAAGGUUCAGCAGUGGAUGCUGCUGUGGCAGCACUAUUCUGCAACGGGGUGUUCAACAUGCAGAGUAUGGGACUGGGCGGAGGGUUCAUGAUGACAGUGUACAAACGCGAGACCAAGACCGCUCACGCUCUGGUUGCCAGAGAAACUGCACCAGGUUUUGCUACGAAGGAUAUGUUCGCCCGCAAGCGCCUUUUGUCAGAAGAUGGAGCGCUCGCGGCAGGGGUUCCCGGAGAGCUGCGAGGAUACUGGGAGGCACACCAGAAGUUCGGCCGUCUCUCCUGGGCCGAAGUAUUAGAACCUACGCUAAAGAUGUGCGAAGAGGGUUUCCGCAUGAGUGAUUAUACAAGUGGCUGCCUUCCAUUCCGGUUUAAAUUUUCCAUUUCCGAUCCUAACUUGAGGGAAUGGUUUGUGGACCCAACUGGAAAAUAUAAGACCACGGGGAGUCUGGUACGAACCAAAAAGUUGUGCGAAACUCUCAAAGUGAUUGCGCAAGAGGGAGGAAACGCAUUACACGAUGGUUCUCUCACCAAGAAGUUCGUUGACGACGUACAAAGUAUGGGAGGCAUUAUCACCGAAGACGACAUGCGGAACUACAAAGCAGUAUGGAAAGAUCCUAUCACUAUGAAGCUACGUGACAACACACUGUACUCCACUCCUCCGCCCGGUGCCGGCGUCCUCCUCGCCUUCAUCCUCAAAAUCCUCGAUGGAUUCGACCUGACCCCAGACAGCGUGAGUACGCUCGAAAAAACGACAACAACCAUUCACAGGAUGGUGGAGGCGUUUAAGUACGCCUACGCCAAGCGCACAGAAUUGGGCGAUCCAGACUUUGUUGAAAAAAUCGAAGAUCGGGUAGCCACCCUGAUGUCUGAGGACUUCGUUAACGAAAUACGAUCACAGAUCAAGGACGAUCAAACGUUUGAGGACCCCGCCCACUAUGGCGCUGUGUUCUACAACGCUGAAGACCACGGCACAGCACACAUCAGCAUCCUUGCGCCGGACGGAGACGCCGUGGCAGUCACUAGCAGUCUUAGUCUCAUUUUUGGCUCAGGAGUGACGUCAAAGAGAACAGGAAUCUUACUGAACAGUGGCAUGAAUGACUUCUCCAUACCUGGCCAGAACGAUUACCACGGAGUUAAGCCGUCACCCGCCAACCUCAUACAACCAGGCAAGCGGUCAAUGAGCUCCACCUGCCCCACGAUCAUAGUAGACGAUAAUGGAGACGUGCGGAUGGUCGUCGGGGCCGCCGGGGGCACCCAUAUCACCACCGCAGUGACAUAUGUCAUAAUGCAAUAUUUAUGGUUGGGAAAGUCAAUCAAAGAAGCAGUGGAUGCAAGCAGAAUCCAUCAUCAGCUGUAUCCAAUGGAGAUUGAAUACGCAUAUGGAGUCACUUCUCCAUUAGUCAAGAGCCUACAAAAACUUGGUCACAAAAUGGCACGAUUUGGAGUCAGAGGCUCCAUUGUAUGUGCAAUCGCCAAAAAAGGCGACCGCAUUUACGCCAACGCAGAUUAUCGUAAAGACAGUGGUGAUGUUUGCGGGUUAGACUGAAGAAGAGUUUUAAUCGUUUGAAUCUGGCCCCAAUUUUUUUAAAUUCAAUUUUGUUAGUUUUUCAUAGUAAUAGACUCAUCUUUUUCGUUAACACAACCGUAUGUUUUCCUUCUCUUUUAAAUUUUAUAAACCAUAUUCUUUUACUUUAUUUUCAGAACUGCAUAUAUUCUAGUUUUUAAGCAAAAAAAAUCCGAAAUUUGCUGUUUUGCAAUAAUUUAUGAAAUAUUGAUUAUAAUUAUUAAUAAAAUAGGUAAACACUUAAUUGACAGAGCCUUUUAUUUAAUUGCAGAUUUUCACAAUACCCCUUUAGUUUAGAGUAGUUUUUCAGUCAAUUUUGUUAAUUCACAUAAUCUUCUUGAUUACUAUUUAUUUUUUUUAUAUUCUGAUAAUUUAACUCUGACAAUGCACCUAUUCUGUAUGUAGCAACACAUGUAAAGAAUGUUAUGUGCAAAUAAAAUAUGUCUAUGUCGUCUAUUAUUCUCAGUUUAGAAAAUACAUUUUGCGCCUGGCUAUUUUACAAGUUGAAAACACAACUUAUUAGUGAAAAAAUCUUGUAUUGUAUUCAAAUUCAUUUAGUUUAACAGUGUUAGUAUUUUUAAGUGGACUUCCCGUGAUUUCCCUAAAAUGAGUGAAAACUAUUUUAACAGUUAACAUAUCAGAAGUGUUUUUUGAAAUUUGUUUUGUAAUAAAAACUGUUUCAUUAGUAUAUUUUAUACUCAAAUGUUUUAUUCCUUUACAUUCCAUAUUUUAAUCCAUCAUAAGGUAAGGUCGUAACUCAUUUUCAAAACUCGUUUUGCUCUCUUUUUAAUGAAGUUAAUGUACACAAUUCGCAAAGCUUUCAAAUGUGAUAAUACAGUAAGGUUUGUUUUAUACACAAAUUUUAAAGAGCCUCAAUAUAAAUUUGAUUGUAUUAGUGCCUCUUGUUAUAGUGCUUAAUGAAUUGCUAUUGUGAUGCAUUUAAUAUAAGCAUUUUUUAUUGCUGUUGUUAAUAAGUUUUAUAUAUAAGCCAAAAUCUACUGCUAUUCAUUCAAUUGUUUUGGAACAUAGGUUGUUAAUUACAUAAAAAAUUGUGAUCUUACAAAAUAAUGGUGUUUAAAAAUUAUUUUCACAUCCUAUAUUGAAGCACAAGUUAACACGUUCGCUCAGAGGCGGAUCCAGGACCUUGGUGAGGGGGGGGCGUACUUACAUUUUUACAUAUUGUGUGGAAUUUUUGCCAUAGGUCAUAGGUAUUUCAAACAACAAAAAUGUGUGAACUUUAUGAGGGUUCAAAAUAAAACCCAUUUUUGAAGUUGGA